AUGUCUUCAUCAACAAUCCAACUCAACCAAACUUUCGAGUAUUCGAGCGCUACGCAUAACUAUCAAAUCCACUGGACAUCUCUCGGCAAGUCAUCUUCGCCCCCUUUGAUCUUCGUCCACGGCACACCAUGGUCUUCAAAGGUCUGGCAUACCCACGCCAAAUCCCUCGCGAAUUACUUUCAAGUCUAUCUUUUCGAUAACCCCGGUUUCGGCGAUAGCCCUCUGGGUCAAGCACUCCCGGGAAAAGAAAACAGCAUUAGUAAAGAACUUGCUCUUGACGCAGACUUAUCGCAGCAAUCGGAGGUAUUUGCUGCACUCUACAAGUACUGGUCAACCAGUUGGGGUACGAAAGAGGCACAUGUAGUUGCGCAUGAUCACGGUGGUUUGAUGAGUCUACGGGCGCAUAUCCUUCAUGAUUGUCAGUUCGCGAGUUUGUGUCUGAUUAACGUGGUUGCUCUGGGCCCGUUCGGACAGCCGCUGUUCAAGUUAGUUGCGGAGAAUGAAGAUGUUUUCCAGGCUUUGACAGGCCCUGUUUUUGAGGGGGUUGUUGAGUCUUAUAUUCGCGAUGCGUCAUAUCGGCCUCUGAGCAAAGAGAUGAUGGAUGUUUUGAAAGCACCUUGGCUUGUGAGCGAGGAAGGGAGAAAGGGUUUUGUGAGACAGAUGGUCCAGGCAAAUAGUCGCAGUACGGAGGAGGUUGAGUCUCGUUAUCCGGAAGUUGGCCGGAAGAUACCAGUUCGGAUUAUUUGGGGUAAAGAUGAUGGUUGGAUUCCAGUCGAAACCGCGUGGCGAUUGGGAGAUAAAUUGAAUGCUAGAGAAGUUGUGUUAAUUGAUGAGGCUGGUCAUCUAGUGAUGUACGAUCAAGAGGGCAAUCUUGGCGUGGAGCUGGGCUGGUGGUUGAGUCAGGUUAAUCGGUAG